AUUAUUCACCAGUCUGAACCUAUUUAGGGAAGAAUUCACUCUGGAUAUACUUUUCAAUUCUCACGUAUAGCAUCUACUCAAUUCCGCGCACACCACACAAUAACACAAGAAAACUACAUCAUGGACCCGAACAUGAACAACCUCCUCAAGUGGGGAAUUCAAAACUCAACAGCAACUCAACAGACCUCCGACUCAAACAAUAAUGCCUCGCAAGCUCCUCGCAGCAACAUCACCCCGGAGAUGCUCAGCGCACUCUUCGGCGGUCCGUCCGAAGCCGACUUAAUGAAAGCCGCCAUGGAAGCCCUGCGCUCGGACGAAGUCGAUCUAGAGAACAAGCUGAUCGCCUUUGACAACUUCGAACAGCUUAUCGAAUCUAUCGAUAACGCGAAUAAUUUGGAGCCGUUGGGUCUCUGGACGCCGCUCGUCGAGCUUCUGAAGCACGAGGAGCCUGAUAUGAGGCGCAUGGCGGCGUGGUGUAUCGGGACAGCGGUGCAGAAUAAUGAGAAGGCUCAGGACAAGCUCAUCGUAAUGAACGCCAUCCCGACCCUAGUUUCCAUGUCUACGCAAGACCCUGUCCCGGCAGUUCGCAAGAAGGCCGUUUACGCCCUUUCCUCCGCCGUCCGCAAUUAUCAGCCAGGCACGAAUGAACUAGUCAAGCACCUUCCUGGCGGAUAUGCCAGUGGAAAAGUGGAUGCCGCGGACAUGGAUACCAUUGAUAUGAUCAUGGAUAAACUUAGGGCGCACCCUGUAUCGUCGUCGCCACCUUCUGCUGCAUGAGCCGAAAGCAUAAUUCUUAUGCCUUAUUUUUUUCUUUUCUGACAGACCUGUCACACAUAUAAUGACAGGCAAAGGCUUUUCGCAACGUCACCUCCCGGCUUCACUUAGUUACCUCCAAACCAUUCGAAAUUGUCGGGCCUGUGUACGAACGGACUACCAGUAUUAAUUGCGCCGUCGUUUGGGAUGUCGCCAUAAAGAAGCAUACUUACGCAUGCAAUUUAUUCGACAUCCAGCGGAGAUAUAAGCUCGUGUCGCGGUUGGUAGCGGUUUCCCUGCUUACAGCAUGACGAUAUAAAAUGCGCUACGGAAUACAUCAACAGAUCAGCUUGAGCUUGGGGUUGGCAUAAACUUGGCGCUAUCAACAUGAUGAUUGAAACCGGAUAUAUGGGGGACAGAGUAAAUAUAAAUAAUGCAUCAUUAUCCGCAUACGCCGUCCAUCAAAUAAACCUAUAGGGUAGAA